AUCUUGGGCAUGUCUUCAUCUCCUGGAAGCAGUGGAGUGCACACCUCUUGGAACCAUGGUGCAUCAGGCAUUAAACACAUCCCUCAGUGCACAGAACUGGAGAGGAUCUCCUUGGUCUCUGCUGAGGCACCCAGGCAGAAUGCAAGUGAAAUGGGGCCACCGUUCAGUAUGUCGCUGCCUGACCAUGGUGCGAACUACUGCCCACAAAUGACUUUCACUCCUUCCCAGAUGACUUACAGUCAGGGAAUGUCUUCCUCCCAGCCAGGAAUGAUGAUUUUCAAGGAGCCCCAAGAGAUGCCCUUAGGAGAUCCCAAUAUUCCAGGGAUGGCCAUGACCUUUAGUGGAAAUCUAAUUAUGCCCCCCAGUGAACUGCCAGUCUCACCUCCCAGUGGAAUCCCAAUGAUGUCCCACGUCAGAGUGCCAACAAUGCCUUAUUCUGUCCUCCCAACAGUACCUUCUAAUGGAGACUCUUUAGCACCUAAAAUGUUAUUGCAUCCAACCAUGCCUCCCACUGAGGCCCAGGCAAUGCUCCCCUCUUUGGCUCAGAUGUUGCCUCCUAGAGAUCCCCAUGACUUUGGGAUGCCCCCUGCUGGGCCCUCAUCCUUGCUGACUUUGGAAUCCCAAGGCUCUUUUGUGAGUCAGCCAGUCUCCCAGGAAAACUCCUUCCUACUUGAGCAACCCUUACCAGCUCCAGGGACAGCAGAGCAGAACCCCAGGGCCCAGGAAAGGGCUCCCAGGAAGAGAUCCCCAGUUUCAAGGCCUUACUGCUGCGAGUAUGAGAACUGUGGAAAAGCUUAUACUAAGCGCUCCCACCUCGUGAGUCACCAGCGCAAACACACAGGUGAGAGGCCCUAUAAAUGCACGUGGGAAGCCUGUACAUGGUCCUUCUUCCGUUCCGAUGAACUUGGAAGACAUACUCGGAUACACACCAGACACCGACCACAUAAAUGUGACCAGUGUGGCCGACAGUUCAUGAGAUCUGACCAUCUCCGACAACACCAAAGGACUCAUAUGCGGGUGCCAAUAUCCUCGGACCCACAGGCCAACAAUGGACAUAUGUCUGGUCCUCCUCCUAUUCCUGGUCUUUAGGUCAUUCU